GCCCCUCCUCGAGAAACCCGAUCUCGGUUUUAAACUCGGAGCGAGCCGGCCGGAGCCACUCACUAACCGCUAACAGACGCAGUAGGUCGACGGGCUCCGCUCCGCAACCCCCGCCUUUUUGCUGAAGAAAUCCCACUUGUCCCUGGCUACUUUCAACCGUCUGGAAAGGUGUGUGUUCACAAGGCUGCAACCAUGACCGGUAAGAACCUCGCAAGCUACGGGAAGAUGCUGCUCCGCCGCCGGCUGCUCGACUGCUCUGAGGAGGAGACGCGCUUCGCCCGCUGCCUGUCCACGCUGGACCUCAUCGCUCUGGGCGUGGGCAGCACUCUGGGCGCCGGCGUGUACGUGCUGGCGGGGGAAGUAGCCAGGGAGAAGGCGGGGCCUGCCAUCGUUCUUUGCUUCCUGAUCGCUGCCCUCUCCUCCGUCUUGGCUGGGCUCUGUUACGCGGAGUUUGGGGCCCGGGUGCCCAAAACCGGGUCUGCCUACCUCUACAGCUACGUCACGGUGGGAGAGAUCUGGGCCUUCAUUACAGGAUGGAACUUAAUCCUAUCCUAUGUCAUAGGUACAGCAAGUGUGGCUCGAGCCUGGAGCUCCACAUUUGACAACCUGGUGGAGCAGAAGAUCUCCAGCUUCUUCAAGGCUUCGAUGUCCAUCAAAGUGGAGGGGGUGCUCGCUGAAUACCCAGACAUCUUCGCCCUGGUUCUUGUGCUGUUGCUCACAGGCCUGCUGGCGUUUGGCGUGAGUGAGUCUGCGCUGGUUAACAAGAUCUUUACUGGCGUCAACCUGGUGGUGCUGGGCUUUGUCAUCAUCUCGGGAUUUGUGAAGGGAAACGUCCACAACUGGAACCUGACUGUGGAGGACUUUCUGAACAGCACCAACAUGAACACCACAGAGGCAAUAGAAAAAAGUUUUGGCUCCGGGGGUUUUGCUCCAUUUGGGUUCACCGGGAUCCUGUCGGGCGCAGCCACCUGCUUCUACGCCUUCGUGGGAUUCGACUGCAUCGCCACAACAAGUGAAGAAGCCAAGAGCCCCCAGCGCUCCAUCCCGAUUGGAAUUGUAGCCUCCUUGCUCAUCUGCUUCUUUGCCUACUUCGGUGUGUCUGCCGCUCUCACGCUGAUGAUGCCUUACUUCAAGCUCAAUACCCAGAGCCCCCUGCCGGAGGCCUUCAGCUACGUGGGCUGGGGUCCGGCUCGCUACAUCGUGGCUGUGGGCUCGCUUUGUGCCCUCUCCACAAGUCUGCUUGGCUCCAUGUUCCCCAUGCCGCGGGUGAUUUAUGCCAUGGCUGAGGAUGGUCUGCUCUUCCGUGUCCUGUCCCGCAUGAGCAAGAGGACCAAGACCCCCUUGCUGGCUACAAUUGUAUCUGGAAUAGUGGCAGCGCUCAUGGCGUUCCUCUUCGAGCUGGCUGCCCUGGUGGAUCUCAUGUCGAUUGGGACUCUGUUGGCCUACUCACUGGUGGCUGUCUGUGUGCUCAUCCUCAGGUACCAGCCGGGCACCCUGAGCACACCAAGAUACAGUGAGAAGAUGGUGGAUGUGUCUGGGGAGAAGACAGCCAUGACUGAAGUGGACAGCGCUGACGAAUUUGCCACCGAGACGGUGCCACUGAAGGAGAAGUUCACCAUGAGGCUGCUGUUGGUGCCCAACUGUGACUUGCCAACCAAGACGUCGGGCACCAUCGUCUAUGUCACCACUGCCAUCAUCUGUACAUUGUUCACUGUGCUCUGCUGUAUUCUGUCAGUGAAGGGCUCAGCUGUGAUGGCCAUGGAGCCACUGUGGGUAGCACUGUGCAUGGUCUUGUUUCUCCUAUCUGUUGCCUGCACAGUCAUCAUCUGGAGGCAGCCAGAGAGCAAGGAGUCGCUCACGUUCAAGGUACCUUUCCUGCCCCUGCUCCCACUACUCAGCAUUUUUGUAAAUGUCUACCUCAUGAUGCAACUGGAUAUGGGUACCUGGGUGCGUUUUGCUGUCUGGAUGGCUAUAGGGUUUGUUAUUUAUUUUGCCUACGGUAUCUGGAACAGCACAGAAGCCCAGAAAAUGUCCACCAAGAAAUACGAGUCUGCUCUCCGAGCCAAAACCCCCAUCUACCGGGGUGAGGACUCUGAGCUGGAGGGGUCAGUUGCCUGAAAGAGGAGGGGGGAGGGAAGGAGUCCCCUGUAUCCCAUUGAACCAGACAGUCACAACAUCCAUUAGCUUGAAUAAGACUGCUAGUACAACCCCAAAUCCCCUACUGUUUGUCUUCUGUAAUAUUUAUUUGCACGGUGUAUUUGAUGUAUAUAUUGAGUUAUUUAUUUGUGUGUGAAUUGCUAGGAGGUUUUAAGACCUGGGUGGGCUGUUUCACAAACAGUAGCUUGUGUUACAUAACUCAUUAAUUUAAAAAUACACGCAUGUGUGUGUACACAAAGCCACUGCAGUAUUGGCAGUUUUGCACAAAGCUGAUGUUUUGGGAAAUAGAAAGUAAGUAACCUCUGUGCAGGUCGGCAGAUUUGAAGGAACUGGCAAAAGAGAUUGUUGUGGCUUUUUGGACAUUCAGUAUGCUAGCUGGAGCUGAACGCAAAGAAGAAGGGUGGAGGUGUCUGGCUUCACUACAAAAAUAAAUGGAAUAUUAGCAGACAGCCUCUGAAAGCUGAAAGCACUGCUGUAUCUCUGAGUUUGUCAUAAGCCAGCAUCUCCUUUUUUAAGGCCCUCUUUAAACCACCCGGUUUUGUUUUGGCAGCCUUAUAAGCCCCCGGGCAAUGGAAAAGAGGCUGUCAGCUCCAUGUCCUAGCUGCAUGUAUAGCAUCAGUGUGCAUCUUAUCUGUGUGUGAAUCUAGUCUGCAUUUUAUUAUCUCCACAAGGGGAAUUUAGAGUAGGGGAAAAGAUUGUGCCGAAAACCUGCUUUGGUUCUGUGUCAGUGCAAGGUGGAGACAAUGCACUUCAGAAAAAAGCAGCUGUAAUCUGAGCUGAAACCCAGGAGCAACAGUGUCUCCUAAAGGACAGGGAUCAUUACAAAACAGAUGUGUCUGACUGUCUAUUCUGUCUCCUUGUCAUUCCCUCACAUAUACAGACUUUUACAGUGUGACAACCCAGAAUUCCUGGUCAAAACAUCCAAAAGUCUCAAGGUUUUUCCAUCUUUCUGGUAACGUUUAUGGCUUGACAAUCCAUGUUUGGGAGUGUUUCAAAAUUUGGAUAGGUAUCCAAAAAAGAUUAACUAUUUUUCCUUAUGUAUGUAAAUAUAUAUACAUGUAUAUUUUUAAGAUACAUAUGUACUUAUGUGUAUGUUUACAUGAGGAGAAAUCUGACCAAACAGGUCUGUGCUGUUAUUUGGCAGUAUUAAAGUGUCUCUCUAAUGUUGGCACAACUGGAGCAGGAGUCAAAGCACAGGUGCAGUCUGCGAACUGCAGAUAAGAGGUUAGGUUUUGACUUACCAGAUAAAAAGAAUUUAGAUAUUCCAGUUCUGAAUAACACCCAAUGCACUUAAUAUGAAUAGAUGGAUCACUUAAAAUGAAUGUAUAUGACAAGUGAAACGAAUUUCAUCUGUUUCUUAUUGGAAGUUGGCAGGAUCCGAGUGGGAGGAUUAAUGUGCUUACAUUGUUCACGUUGUAAAUAUGUUUAUUGAGCUAUUGAAGUUUAGUAAGGUUGUCUUCAUUGUAUAUAGCUUCGGAUGCAAAUCUUAUUUGUAUAAUCUCUCUUUAAAUUAACUUAAUAAUUUCAUGUGUGUAUAGUAUGGCAAAAUGUACAUUAAACUUGAUUAGCUGAAAAAGGGCCUCUUACCUUGGCACGGCGAGUAAUCGCGUGUUCCUCAGAUUGGCCUGUUGCAUCAGAUGUGGUGGCAAGAGAUGGCUGUAUUUUUAUUACAGCAAGGUCAUUUUUUUAUCUCCACCAAGGCAAACCCCAACUGGUCCUCGGAGCCAUCUCCUUGGGGGAGGCCCUGAGCUUUGUCAAUCGCCAUUCCUGAUUAACAGUUUGUAAUUGAUGGGCACUUGUGUAUAGUCUGUUCACGAAUAGCACUCUAGUUUCCAUUGAAACCACAGCCUGUGUAUAAUAUUCUAUAUGUGUUUUGGCCUGUGGGUCCUGCUAUUUUCCAAACUUUUCAGAAAAUGUGAGGUGAAGGCCUAAUGUUCUUGACCUUUUGAGAAAAGGUCACGAUUUCCAUUUCUGCAUUUUUGUGAUGUACAAACUGCAGUUCUGUUAUGGUCCCUUCCCUGAACAGGGAAGGUGUCAAUGUGUGUAGUGUCGAGAGACCUAUGGGUUAUAGUGCAUUGUUCCCAUCACAUUGACUGUGAAAGAGGAACUAUUUAAAGUGAUUAAGGCAGCCCUACUUUGGAACUACAAAGUAUUCCACACAUCCCUCAAGAAUUCUGGGGGCUUUCAACAAAAAAUAUAUGAACACCAGCUGUCCUUCGGAAACCUGAAUCAUGAUGUUGUCUCUAAACGGGAAGACAUUGUUCAGUGGCUUUUAGUAGCUUUAUCCUCUGUUCCCCUUUUGUACUUUCUGCUGUUAGUGUUCUUGCAUAUCAGCUCUUUAACUGUUGGGUAUGAUAAAGGUGAUGAAUAACUCAAAUGUGACAUCUAUUUUUGCAAUUCCAGUAUUUUGAGACCAAAUGGUUUUAGUUGAUGAAAAGGCCUGUAAUAAAAGGGUAUUUAUAUGUUGAAAUGUAAACUCCCAAGUACAGCUGAAGUACAUCCCCAUUGUAUUUCUGUCCCGUUCAAGUGUGCUGUUCUGACCCUCUUGUGGGUUCUGACUUUCGCACUAAGCAAUGUGCUUGUUUGUGUGGGGAACUGAACCUUUCUUUUCCUAAUCUAUUUUUGUAAAUAGUAUAUUUUUGUAUAAAAUGUAUGUUUCUGUCAUUAAAAUCCCUGUGUUCAUUUAAUUUAAUGCACUUGUUGGAGGUCUGGUUGGCAUUUUAAAAAAGAUUAAUGGAAUUGGUAGUGGCUAAUUCGUCAUUGGGGGG